AAGAAAAAUUUUCAACAAUAAACUUUAAAGUAUUAAAAACUAUUUAAAGCAAAGGAAAACUAUGACCGAUAUACAAUUAAAUACAAACGCCAGUGAUAAAAUGGCCUCUUUGAUGAAGGAAGCGGAAAAUUUAAAGCUAAAACUGGAAGAAGAACGCCAAAAGUUGAAUGAUGUUAGUCUUUCCUCUAUAGCAGAACGUUUGGAACCCAUUUCGUAUGUUAAUAUCAAACCACGUAAGGUGCUCAAGGGUCAUCAGGCGAAAGUUUUAUGCACCGAUUGGAGUCCAGACAAACGUCACAUAAUCUCUUCUUCACAAGAUGGCAGAUUAAUUAUAUGGGAUGCUUUUACCACAAAUAAAGAGCAUGCUGUUACCAUGCCUACUACCUGGAUAAUGGCCUGUGCUUAUGCCCCCUCGGGUAAUUAUGUAGCCUGCGGUGGUUUGGACAACAAGGUCACUGUUUAUCCCAUUACCAGCGAUGAGGAGAUGGCUGCCAAAAAACGUACGGUGGGUACGCAUACCUCCUACAUGUCCUGUUGCAUUUAUCCCAAUUCGGAUCAGCAGAUUUUAACGGGUAGUGGUGAUUCAACUUGUGCUUUGUGGGAUGUAGAAUCUGGCCAGUUAUUGCAGAGUUUCCAUGGUCAUUCAGGUGAUGUAAUGGCCAUUGAUUUGGCUCCUAAUGAGACAGGCAAUACUUUCGUAUCGGGCAGUUGUGAUCGUAUGGCUUUCAUAUGGGAUAUGCGUUCGGGUCAAGUUGUGCAAUCGUUUGAGGGUCAUCAAUCGGAUGUGAAUAGUGUUAAAUUUCAUCCUAGUGGUGAUGCCAUUGCUACCGGUUCCGAUGACAGCAGUUGCCGUCUAUUCGAUAUGCGUGCCGAUCGUGAAGUGGCUGUUUUCUCUAAGGAAAGCAUUAUUUUUGGUGUAAAUUCUGUGGAUUUCUCGGUCAGUGGCCGUUUAUUGUUUGCUGGUUAUAAUGAUUACACUGUUAACUUAUGGGAUACAUUAAAAUCGGAACGUAUUUGUUUGUUAUACGGACAUGAGAAUAAGGUAUCUUGUGUUCAGGUGUCACCAGAUGGCACAGCUUUAUCCACCGGCAGCUGGGAUUAUACUAUACGUGUUUGGGCUUAAGUUGGGUUUUAA